AUGGCAGAUGGCAACCCAGUCCAGAACCUCUGCGAGGAAACGACAUGCUCCGUCUGCCUGGAGUAUUUCAAAGACCCAGUGAUCAUAGACUGCGGCCAUGUCUUCUGCCAAGCAUGCAUCACCCGGGCCUGGGGGGAACCUGGCAGAGAUGCGUCUUGCCCCCAGUGCAGGGAACCUUGUCAGCAAAGGAAUUUCAGGCCCAUCCGUCAACUGUCGAGCAUUGUGGAAAUAGCCAAAAAAUUCAGCCUUCAGAUGGCCAGAGGGGCGGAAGCGCUGGGAAAGGUUUGUGAGAGACACCAGGAGCCCCUGAAACUCUUCUGCGAGGACGACCGAGCCGCCAUCUGUGUGGUGUGUGACAAAUCCAAGGAUCACAGGGAGCACAAGGUGAUCCCAAAGGAGGAGGCCUUUGAAGCAUAUCAGGGUAAAAUCCGGGGUCAUUUGGAAUUCCUGAACAAACGGAAAAAGGAAAUUCUGGCUUCUAAACUGAGUGGGGAGGCUGAAAGCCAGAAUCUGCUGAAGCGGGCGGAAUUGGAGAGGCAGAAAAUUGUGGCCAAUUUCAAGCAAUUGCACCAGUUUCUGGAAGAACAAGAGCGCUGCCUGCUGGCUCAAUUGAAGGAACUGGGUGAUGGGAUUAAAUCCUAUUGGGACCAACAUAUUGCAAAACUCUCUAAGGAAAUGUCCUCUAUUGAUGACCUCAUUAAGGAGCUGGAGGAGAAACAGAAACAGCCAGUGACUGAAUUCUUUCAGGAUAUCAGAAACAUCCUGCAAAGGUGCCAUGAAAAUAAAGCUAUGGGUCCAAUAGCUUUUCCUCCUGGAUAUAAAAAGCGAAUUGAGAAAUUCUCUAAAAUGCAUCCUUUUCUGGAGACCGCCAUGACGAAAUUCCAAGACAUUGUGCACUCUGGGCCGCAAGAAAAGAAAGGUGAAGACACGGCAAUGCCCAAAUUAGUUCUAUCAUUAUAUUCCACCAUGCCCUGGGGUUCUUACAGAGGCCCCAACGAAUUGCUUUGUUGUUCCUAUGUUAUGGGAGUUGAGAGAAUUGCCUCUGGGACCCAUUCCUGGGUAGCAGAGAUGGGGGGAGAAAAGUUCUGGGCCGUGGGGGUGGCCAACGUGACUUUAAGGGGAUGCACAAUUGCCAGUUUGAAUGCUGGUCUUGGGAUCUGGGCUAUCGUGCGAACUCCUGCUGGUAACUAUUACCCAUCCACAGCUCCUGGAAUAUCCCUGGGGCCAUUUCCCCAGUUCAGCAACACAAUCUGUAAGUUGGAGAAGUUCCAGACCAAGAGGAUCCGUGUGUGCGUCAACUAUAAGAAAAGACUGGUGACCUUUUCUGAUGCCGACUCGCACAGCAUCAUCUUCACUUUCACUGAUGCUGUGUUCUCGGAGGAGGGGGUCUGCUCCUGGCUCGGUGUGGGGCAAUGAAAUGAGGUUGUCCUUGGGGGGGG